AUGCAUCUGUUCCUUCCACAAUCAUACAACCAUCUGCAUCAGCUCAGUGUCAUUGUCAACUCAACAUCCAACAGCAAUCAACAUGAAUGUCGCAAGCCGACACCCACGACGACGACAACCGAGCCUAACUGUGAGGAGUCAUCUGAGGAGGAUCACUCAUCGGAAGAAGAUCAUCCGUCGGAAGAGUCCGAUUGUGAAGAAAAGGAAAACUACUCCACAAAAUGCGAAGUGACCACGACAACCGAGCCUAGCUGUGAGGAUUCAUCUGAAGAGGAUCACUCAUCGGAGGAAGAUCAUUCGUCGGAAGAGUCCGCAUGUGAAGAAAAGAAAAGCUACUCCACAAAAUGCGAAGUGACCACGACGACCGAGACUAGCUGCGAGGAGUCAUCUGAGGAGGAUCACUCAUCGGAAAAAGAUCAUUCGUCGCAACAGUCCGAUUGUGAAGAAAAGGAAAACUACUCCAACAAUUACGAAGUGACCACGACAACCGAGCCUAGCUGCGAGGAGUCAUCUGAGGAGGAUCACUCAUCGGAAGAAGAUCAUUCGUCGGAAGAGUCCACAUGUGAAGAAAAGAAAAGCUACUCCAACAAUUGCGAAGUGACCACGACUACCGAGCCUAGCUGUGAGGAGUCAUCUGAAGAGGAUCACUCAUCGGAAGAAGAUCAUUCGUCGGAAGAGUCCACAUGCGAAGAAAAGAAAAGCUACUCCAACAAUUGCGAAGUGACCACGACUACCGAGCCUAGCUGUGAGGAGUCAUCUGAGGAGGAUCACUCAUCGGAGGAAGAUCAUUCGUCGGAGCAGUCCGAUUGUGAAGAAAAGGAAAACUACUCCACAAAAUGCGAAGUGACCACGACAACCGAGCCUAGCUGUGAGGAGUCAUCUGAGGAGGAUCACUCAUCGGAAGAAGAUCAUUCGUCGGAACAGUCCGAUUGUGAAGAAAAGGAAAACUACUCCACAAAAUGCGAAGUGACCACGACAACCGAGGCUAGCUCUUGUCUUGCCUCGUAUCAUGUAAAUUCCUGCCAGAAGAAACCAACAACUCCGAAACCAAAAUGUGUGGUGCAUUAUGUGGAAGAGGAAAAGUAUCCCAAUGAUUGUGAAGUCACCACGACCACCACCGAGUCUAGCUGUGGCCAUUCAUCGGAGGAGGAACAUUGUGCCGAUGGAUAUAACUGGAAUGGGUAUUUCUGUGUUCCUGAAUCUUGCACCAAGACGUAUCCCAAGUACAGCCACAAAGUAGCGACUCCGGAAGAGCUCGGUGUUGUCGGUCAUCAUUACGGUUACCCCGGUUACCCCGCCGGUUACUAUCCCGGUUUGGCUUACCCCCACGGUCCUGCCUACUACCCAUAUGCGCCAUCCUGUAACAAGGGCCCUGUUGUUGUCAACUACAACCACCCGUCUGUUUCUUCCUACAAGCGUCCCGGACCCUGCAGCUGUGGAAACUGUCUUUCCUGCAAAGCCCGACCAGAAAACCUGUACUACUCGGAGCCCCUCAAUCCUAGCUUCCAUUACUAG